GGAGCCAGAAGGGGUGCAGCCCUGCUUCUCUGCCCCCUGCUCCCUUCACGGCUCUCCUUGGAACAGCCGCAAGGCCACAGAGGAGCUGAAAAGCUCUUUCUUUCCCAUCAGCCUUCCAGGGGCAGGGCCAGAUCAGUGCCGGUCGGGGUCUGCGUGGUUCAAUAUCUGCACGUCCGGCCCAGUGCUCCAUGGUGCAGAGGUGGGAACGCUGGGCCAUGGCAAGCUUUGAGGUGGCUGCUGCCAACACCUGACCGCAGGCCAGAGGGUGUCUAAGGGGCUGGGCUUUAAUGGGCUGUCCCGGAAUGGGUGGAGGAGCCAGUGGAAAACAAGCAGGGCAGCUGGGUAAUUAAAGGCCCCAUUCACCCUGGCUCUGCUCCUUGUUCAUCCUUUGCCCCAGUGCCAGGGGGUGUCCCACACUACGCGGCAUGUCUCAGUGCAGGGCACAAAGCAGAGUCUGACUCCGAAUCCACUGCCUGGGUUCCCCUGGUCUCUGCCCUGCCUCCCACCCGGCAAGAAGCCCCUGGGAUGCAGGAGCAGCAGCCUCAGCACUCCGGGCAGAGAGGGUCCGUCCAUCCUCGCUGGGUCAGUGCCCAGGGCCUGGAUUCCCUCGAGAACUUGCUUUGUGUGGCUCUGUUAGUGUUCGGUUUGGAUUAAUGAAAUGGCGACAAAGCUAGACCAGCACAGAGCAGCUCGAAGCCGCUCUGAGCCGAAGGACUGACUUCUUUACUCAUGCCCCAGUUUUUACUACGUUCACGAGGGAACCUACAAUUUCCGUACCUGUUCUUGCCAGUUUCUUAUCUUGUUUUGAAUGACGUUUUCCACGAGUCUGCCAAACGUAGAGGCAUCGUGUGCUCGCUCUCCCUUGGUACCAGGUGUAUGGGGGCCAGACUUCGACAGGACCAAAUAUUUUGCCAUUAUGUCCCAUCCAGCCGUGGCAUGCUGCACCAUGGCCCAGUGUAACAGUUUGCGAAGCCUUCACGUAACACCGACCUUGUCCCUGACUGUUUCUACGGGUACCAGGGAGAGGGGUUGCCCGCAGCUUACCAGCUUGCUGGGCCCAAGUGCAAAGCAUGCUGGGAGGAUGGUCCAGACAUUUUUCUCAUAGCAGAAGUACAAAGGGUUUGGGGGAAACGUGACCUGAAUACACGUCAUAGUUACACAAACCACGAGCCCAAGAGCUGCUGUUGACACUGCACCUGAUCUUGGCUGACAGCUCUGUGUCUGGCCUCCCUGUGCUGCCCUCCUGGCGAUGGGGGGCAGCGUGCAGGCAGCCUGCGGAGGCCGCUCCCAGCGUGGGUGGAGGAGAAUGCAGGCCUCAGUUUCUUCUCUCUUCUUCGCUGAGCAGGGCUCUGCUUGCUGGGGAGCAGCCGCCUGCCGAGCCAUGGUCACUUUCUUCACACACGAAGUCCAGCAGCUACUGCACAACAAGUUCGUGGUGGUCGUGGGGGAUUCCAUCCAGCGAUCGGUUUACAAGGACCUGGUGUUGCUUUUGCAGAAGGAUGCUCUCCUCAGCCAGUCCCAGCUGAAAGCCAAGGGGGAGCUGAGAUUUGAGAACGACUGCCUGGUGGAAGGCGGCGUGCUGGGCGAGCUGACCAACGGCACCCAAUACAAGGAGGUACGGCAGUACCGCACGGACCAUCACCUGGUGCGCUUCUACUUUGUCACCCGCGUCUACUCCGACUACAUGGAGAGCAUCCUGGCCGACUUCCAGGCUGGGCCCCAGCCCGAUGUCGUCAUCAUCAACUCCUGCUUGUGGGACGUGAGCAGGUAUGGCCCCAAGUCCAUGAAGCAGUACCGGGUGAAUCUGGAGAAGGCCUUUAACCGCCUGGACAAGGUGCUGCCCCAUGCCUGCCUCCUGGUGUGGAACAUGACGAUGCCCGUGGGCCACAAAAUCAUCGGGGGCUUCCUCACCCCAGAGCUGCAGCACCGAGGCAAGAAGGUGUCCCACAAUGUGAUUGAGGGCAACUUCUACGGGGCCGUCCUGGCCAGCAGCCACCACUUCGACGUGCUGGACCUGCACUACUACUUCCGCUUCGAUGCGCACCACCGCAGCGGGGACGGCGUCCACUGGAACCGGGCUGUCCACCGCAGGAUCACCCACCUGCUGCUGGCCCACGUGGCCGACGCCUGGGGGGUCGAGAUCCCAGAGAAGAGACCCCAGGACGGUUGCUUUCAGGCAAACGCUCUGGAGUGGAGCUCGCGGCCCACCCCCUGCCCGGCGCCCCACGCUGCUCCGCCCUGCCCCUGGGGCUCUGGGCUCAGUCACGUCUCUGACUCUGCAGGGCCCGAGUGGGACAGCAGCUGCCUGUCCCGGACACCCCCGCCCAGCGCCUGCCCGCUGCCCCCUCCGCCACCCCGGCCCCCCUUCGACUUCUGCUGCCCCUCCGAGGAUCCCAUUUUCCAGGAAGACUCCCCCUUCCUCCCCAGCGAUGCGGGACCUGGCGCGCCCCUCUCCGGAUACAUCAGCUUCGACAACUGCCCCGGAUUCAGUGUGGAGGGUCCUGCCAGCGGCUUUCAAGCUUCCUGGGGCGCGCCGCAUGCUCUUCCGGGCCCAGGGCCCUUCCCUGGCUUCUCAGGAAACCCAGCACCCAGCUUCCCUCCGCACCCCCGGAGCCCGACCAGGAGAGGCCACGGUGGGCGCUCCCACGGCUUCAUAAUGAGGCGGCAGCUGGUGAGAUGGAGGUCUGGGCCCCCCUACAACAGGCCCCACUACAGUUGCUACUGAGGGGCCCUGGCAGCUGGGCGUGUCUCCCCGCGGGCGGGCGAGCUCCCUGCUAAGGGCUCGGCUCCGGUUCUGAACAGACUCGGGUAGGGUUGGCUUGGCGGUCUGCAGGUGCGUGCCGCGAUGAUGCACAUGGGCAUCGGAGGGCACCCUGGCCGGGAGCCAGCUACCACUCAGAUGGCUGAGUUAUUACAUUUAGUAUUUGGGGUGGGGGGCAGAGGUCUGUGAGGGCCUGGAGAGAAGGGGCUGUGAUCUGCCAGGUGCUCUGGCUCAGGUCAAACACCCUGCUAUUGGGCACAGCCGGGCUGGCUCCAGCUAGUGGAUGCUGGCGGGGAGGGUGGGGGUUGUUUCCUUUCCUGAGAGCUGGCUGUGCUGGGUCCCUUCCUUGGAGGCUCCCUGUGGACGGGCAGCUCAGGGAGCAUGGCACGCUGUGCCCAGUGACGGCGCUGGGAACAGGUCUAGGCAGAGUGUCCCAGCCCCGUGCUGGGGCCGGGAUACUGCAGCGCUGGGCACUGCCAUGGGAAGCACUCUGUAGGCCAGGCCCAUGAGGGGCGGAGGGCCCCAUCCUGCCAGGUGCUGGAGCCGGUGAGGAUUGGCAGCCACGUGGGGGAGGUGCUGAACGCCAGCCGUCUGCCAAGGGGCUGCGGCCUCGCCCAGGGGUUCCGUCUGUCUAGCCUGAGUCUCUCCCCAGCACUGAGUCCAAUUCCCCCAUCCCCAUCCGCUGCUGUUACAAACCUGCCCAGACGGGGCGGGCAGGGAGUGGCUUGCCCCUGCCAGGCUCCCUCCCCCGGACUGCCAUGGCUGUGAGCCGGCCGGUGGCCUCGCCGGUUCUCCAUGGGGUUCUCAGGGCUAGUUCAUGUUCCUUAAUUGUUGAUCUGUUUUCAGCUCCCUCCGUGGGGUGUUAUUUCACGAGGUGGGUCUGCAUUACAGCCCCCCGUGUCCCUUCCUGGGGGGUAGGCGGGUCAUGCUGCUCUGAGGUUGCUUUACACUGGCAGGCUGCGGGGCAGAGCCCUUGGUGGCUCAGUGCACUAAAACCCUCUAGCCCCAGCCCGACUCGCUAGCUAGUGGGCCCAGACCUGUGCUCAGCUGCACUGAGCCCAUCAAGUUGCACCAGCAAAACUGUGAGACGAGUCCCUUCCAGGCCAUCUGCCCGCAGGCCCGGGGGGGCCGUGGUGCUGGCACAGUGGUUAUUGACCAGGAAAUGCUGUUCAAGGCAAGUGUUCUGGUGUGUUCUGUUGACUUGUUAAUAAAGCUUUGACUAGUG